GAGAUAUGGGGUUCUAUAGGGGCUAACAGUGUCUGCCCCAUAGCUGCGUCCCGCUGUGGGUCGGAGCUCGAGGCAUCGAGUUUGAUUGGAGACACGUGCAGAUGGGGCUGGACUCCAACAUCAGCCUGGUUCGUCACGUGGCCGCGGCGUCGCUCCUUUGGGCCUCGGGUCGCCAUGAGCUGCCACCGAAACUCCGGCUCCCAUUGGCUGGAAUGUUGGUGGGCGUGGCCUACGAGGGAUUCCUGAUUGGCUGGCUGUCCCAGUUCCUGUCGUUGGGUCCCUGGGGUUCUCUCGGUUUCCGCGCUUUGGGGGCCGCCAUCUUGGGGCUGGGGGCGCUCCGCCUCCUCGUCCCUCUACUGCCGCCCACGUGACUUCCGCCGGAAGUCCCGCCCCCAUCAUCAACACGGAAGUCUCGCGCCCCCCCUCACCACGGCGGAACCCGGAAGUCCCACCCCCCAGUCAACAACGUGAUGAUUGGAUGCCAACCGGAAGUCCCGCCCCUUCCCGGAAGUAAACCCCACCCCCAAAUAAAAGGCCUUUAAUGUUGA